CCGUUGCUUGAAGGAACACGAUAAACGAAAGUUAAGUCCUGAGCCGGCAGUUUGGACUCCGACAUCAGGAGGGACACAAGAAAUAGUAACUCCCCGUAAGAAGGAAGUCAAAUUUACAGGCGACAUCUUUUAUGGCGCAUCAUAGAGGUCCAGAUCCCAAGAGGGAACAGUUUCGGAGAUACCUGGAGAAAGCUGGUGUUAUUGACAGUCUUACCAGUGUCCUAGUGUCUUUGUAUGAAGAACGAGAAAAGCCCAGCAAUGCUCUAGAAUUUGUCAAGCAGCACCUCAGUGCUGUGGGCCACCCUUCACCAGACACUGAGACGCUGCAGCAGGAGGUGAUUGACCUGAGGCAGAGGUGUGCACGUCUGGCAGAGGAAAACAAAGACCUCAAAACUAGGCUUCGGCGUCAUGAACCCGUAUCAGAUAACGGAGGCACAGCUAACUAGACCACAACUGCACUUUGGUGUCAUGGAUGGAUUAUUUGUUUAUUUUGCCGUCACGCUGCCAUUAAAAACAAGACGACGCUGUUAAGUAAAAGGCUGUAUUUGUAUGUAGCUGCGCUGUUUUGUCUUUUGUAAAUCUUAGUGUGUACAUUGUUUCUUAGAAUAUAUCUUAUUUUGUACAUGCAUGUAUAUAUGUUCUGUUUUUUGUUGUUAACUCAGUGCUUGACAGAAAGUGUCCUCCCACAUACAUGGCUUGUAUAUUUUUCUGUCCACACCCUCUGCUCAUUGUGACAAAAACAAGCGUUAUUUUCAAGUAUCUGGUGUAAGUAUAGAGUUGUUUACAAAAAAAAGUCACAAGUAAAAUAAAGAUCAGUCUUGUAAA